UGACAAAAUAAAGUUACAAUAAUUAUAAACUGUUUAUAAACCAGAAAGAUUGUGUGACUUUUGACCCGAGUUAUCAAAGUAACUGAUAACGUAUUGCUUGUCACUUUUAGUGAUAAUGGCUUUAGUAUAAUUUCGAUAUUCAUGUGUGAAUUUUCGUAAUAAUGGAUCUGAAAUUCGACGAAAUGUGUGUGAACACGAACCUUGCCAAGGAAUAUGUGGAAAAAGAAAAAGAGUUUUCAAGACUGUACACAGAUUACGAAGAGCUAACUUCUUAUGUGUUUGAUGGCACCUUCCAACGCAAACCAAAAGUGCAGCUGAAUAAUAAAAAUGUAGACCAAAGGGCAGCCCUAACAGGAAAGCUACAGGAUUUGGCUUUAACAAUUGGCUUGAGUGAGAAAUUGAUUUCUGAACUAGAAUAUAUGUUCAGAAAAAUACCUAUAGAAGAUACUAAGGCCCAAGUAAACUUAAUUUCUAAACACCUUAUGGCUUAUAACCCUAUACUGGAGUCGCAAGAAAUAAUUAACUCACACGAAGUAAACAUUCACAUACUACCUGAAGAUCCUCUGCUUAUCUUUGGAAAUAUCAAGCGAAUCGUUUUUUCUAAAUAUAUCACAUUUAUUGCUACAAAGGCUACUGCUUAUAUGGCAUAUUACUUUGCUAAGCUGAGCCAGGACUGUGGAAUCGAUGUUCGCCUUCAAUUUACGAAUGAUGAAAAGCUGCCUCUAAGGACCAAUAAAGGUUGGGAUUCAGGAACUGUGGCCGUCGUAUCUGAGGACGCGGACAUCGAUUCUGCCGUCGACAAAUUGCUUGCUUCGUCUAAACUGGCUCCGUGGCGACUGAAAAGGAUACUUGUGCAAGAGAAUGUGUAUCAGCAGUUUAAGGACGCUCUUACUUGGAAAUGUAAUUUGAAGGAGAAAAAAGACGAGACAAUCGUGUCCAACAUCUUAUGUUCAGGCAGUGUGUCAUAUGACAGAAGAACCUUUAUAAUAGACCCUGUUGAACUGCUAAACGAUAAGCAAGCUGUGGUGCCUGUCGAAGCUUUCAGAACUAGAAAGGAAAUGCUAUUAAUGGUCCAAAAAAGUGAAACGCAUUAUUUAUCGCUUUGGUCAAAUGGUAUAGCAGGAAUAAAUGAAGCUAGCUACAAAUCGGGCUCGCCUGUAGUUUGGGUUAACAAUCUGGCUGAAUUUAGAGGUCCGCCCCAAAUGCUUAAUGCGAUCUACACUGAUAUGUUUGAUGAAUUAAAAAUAAAAAAAUCCGUCAGUAUCGGUGCGCUUGUUAUAGCUUCGAAAGAAUGGCGUCAAAUGGGUUUUGAGAAGCGUGAGCGGAGUCUACACCGUCUUAUAGAGAAGAUCGAUGUACGUGAAGUUGCUAACAACAUCUCGGAGGCGCUUGUAGACUGUAACAUGAAGUCUUUUGUUGACGAAGGCGAUGAUUACGUUUGCGUCGGCAAGUCGUCCCCAGUGGGCAUCAUACUGGUCCCAGGCGAUAAGAUAUUUACUCCAAAAACCUUCAAAUCGCUUUUGUAUGGUAACGUUAUACUUGCAUUAACUGAGAAUCUGAAAAUAAGGGAAUUGUUUCAAUCAGUUGGUGUUCCCCUUGAGAUCACAAAACAGGUAGAUCCGGCGGUGGGUGAUGACAAUGGAACUUCAGUACAUGUUGUUCUUGAUUCCAGUUUCAAAGCAAUCUGGACUAAUUCGGGAACCAUCUUUGCGAACUGAAAGUUCAACAAAGAAAUGUACAAAGUAGGCAAAUUAAUUUGAGAGCACGUAUCCACAUUUUUUUGUCACCCAUAAAAAUUAUGACUUAAGUACAAGGGUUUCUUUUUCCUUUGGGGUUCCAUAGUCCCUACUUAUUCCAAAUUUGAAAUUCUUGUGGGUGUAAAUCCUAAGAAAAAUAAAUAUAAUAAGCAUAAA